GUGGCUCACGUGAUCCGCUCCUCGCGCCGCCAUCUUGGAGCUCCGGAUGAGGAGGGGCAAAGAGGGGGAAAAGAGGGAAAGGAUCCGGGAGAGAGGUGGGCGAGGACCAGGGCGAGUGCACGGCAGGGCCCUGGCCGGCCAAAAGAGGCUAGCGGAAGCAGCAGCCGCCGCCUGACCGCAGCUGGAUUUUGAAGAUUGAUCCAAGGGACUGUAUUAAUUUCAGGAAUUGAUUUGAAAGACACUGGCUCUGCCACUUAACAGCCAUGUAACCUUGGAUAUGGAAGAAAGCAGCACUGUUGCCAUGUUGGUACCAGAUACUGGGGAACAGGAAGCUGUAUUGACUGCCGAAGGUGUCAUCAGUCCCUCAUUAGAAGUUGAUGAACAAAGAAAACUUAAAGCAGAUCCAUUAAUACAUGUUAUCCAGAAGUUAAGCAAGAUAGUAGAGCAUGAAAAGUCACAAAAAUGUCUUCUAAUUGGGAAAAAACGCUUGCAUUCGAGUGCUACAGCACAAUGUUUUGAAGCCGAAGAACUUUGUGAGAUUCCAGCUAAAGUAACCCAGUCACCUGCUGCUGGUAUUAGAAAGGCUGAGGUAUCACAAGCAAAUUUUAUCCCUGACUCUGUUGCCCAGAAUGAUGGGACUGGGACGGCUAUGUCUUACCAGUGUGGCCUUUGUAAGUUUCUAUCAUCUUCUUUUUCUGUGUUAAAAGAUCACAUCAAGCAGCAUGGCCAGCAAAAUGAAGUGGUAUUCAUAUGCUCAGAGUGCCAUGUUACAUCCAGAAGCCAAGAGGCACUUGAAGUUCAUGUGCUAAAUGACCACAAAAAUGAUGCCAACAGUCACUCUCAAUCCAAAGCCCAACAGCACGUAAGCUCCUCCAACUCAUCAUGUCAGAGAACCACAGAAAGAAGUGUUGAAACCGUUUCUGAUAUUCCACUAAAUGUGGACAGUUCACAAACUCUUAACGUCCAAACUGCAUCCAUGGCAGAAAUGGGUAAAAGAAAGUGGUAUGCAUAUGAACAAUAUGGCAUGUAUCGAUGCUUAUUUUGCAGUUACACUUGUGGCCAGCAGAGAAUGUUAAAGACACAUGCUUGGAAACAUGCAGGACAAGUUGACUGCACCUAUCCAAUCUUUGAAAAUGAAAACGAACCCCUUGGCUUGCUGGAUUCUUCAGUGCCUGCUGCACCUGGUGGAGUCGAUGCAGUAGUUAUUGCUAUUGGAGACAGUGAACUCAGUAUCCACAAUGGGCCAUCUGUACAAGUACAGAUUUGCAGCUCAGAACCAUUAUCGUCUUCCUCUCCUUUAGAACAGACUGCAGAAGACAGAAUACACCUAAGUCAGGCAGUUACCCUUGACCCUAGUGAGGAAGAAAUACUAGAAGUGAUGUCUGAUUCAGAGGAGAAUCUGAUUGCUGACAGCCUACUUUCAUCAGCACAGAAAAUUAUUAGCAGUAGCCCAAAUAAGAAAGGUCACGUUAAUGUGAUAGUGGAGCGUUUGCCAAGUGCUGAAGAAACUCUUUCACAGAAGCACUUCCUCAUGAAUGCUGAAAUUGAAAAGGGGAAAAACCAGCACCCAACAGAAGCCCAGACUGAAUGUGGAAGAACAGAUGAUGUUUAUCAUGCUGAUAAAUGUACCGUUGAUAUCGGGGGGUUGAUUAUAGGCUGGAGCAAUCCAGAGAAGAAAGACAGUGAGUUAAUAAGUAAAAGCCUGGGUACUGAUGAGAAUGCCCCUCCAGGCCGAAGAAGGACAAAUUCUGAGUCUCUUAGGCUGCACUCCUUAGCUGCAGAAGCCCUUGUCACAAUGCCUAUCAGAGCUGCAGAGCUAACAAGAGCUAAUCUUGGGCACUAUGGUGAUAUAAACCUUUUAGAUCCAGAUACUGGACAAAAGCAAGUAGAAAGUACAUUGGCAGCAUAUUCAAAAAUUAUGUCGCCACUUAAAAACACAUCCGAUGGAUUAACUAGUUUUAACCAAAGCAGCUCUACCUUGGUAGCACUCCCAGAGGGUAGACAGGAAUUGUCAGAUGGGCAGGUUAAGACCGGUAUCAGCAUGUCCCUGCUCACUGUAAUUGAGAAAUUGAGAGAAAGGACUGACCAAAAUGCCUCAGAUGAUGACAUUUUGAAAGAGUUACAGGACAAUGCCCAGUACCAACCCAACAGUGACACAGGUUUGUUAGGGACCAAUCUGGUGGAAUACAUCCCUAAUGCUGAACAGCCCUACCGUUGCCGCCUGUGCCACUACACAAGUGGUAACAAGGGCUACAUCAAGCAGCACUUGCGAGUCCAUCGGCAGAGACAGCCAUAUCAGUGUCCUAUCUGUGAGCACAUAGCUGACAACAGCAAAGAUUUGGAGAGCCACAUGAUCAACCACUGCAAAACAAAAAUAUACCAGUGUAAGCAGUGUGAAGAAUCUUUUCCUUAUAAGAGUAAUCUGAGGAAUCAUGAGCGAGAACAGCACAACCUUCCAGACACCUUGUCAAUAGCAGCUUCCAAUGAGCCAAGAAUUUCCAGUGAUACAACUGACGGGAAAUGUGUGCAGGAAGGGAAUAAGUCUUCAACCCAGAAACAAUAUAGAUGUGACGUGUGCAAUUAUACAAGUACAACAUAUGUUGGUGUCAGAAACCACAGACGAAUUCAUAACUCUGAUAAACCAUACAGAUGUUCUUUGUGUGGAUACGUGUGCAGCCAUCCUCCUUCUUUGAAGUCUCAUAUGUGGAAACACGCAAGUGACCGAAAUUAUAACUACGAACAAGUAAACAAGGCUAUUAAUGAUGCAAUCUCACAAAGUGGCAGAGUUCUGGGGAAAUCACCUGGAAAAACUCCAUUAAACAGCAGUGAAGAAAGAGCUGACCCUGUCACUGGAAGUUCAGAAAAUUUGGUGUCAUCCUCAGAGCUGAUUUCCCAGACACCCAUUGAUGUCUUAGAUCCCCACGAGAAUGAGAAACUGAGCCCUACAAGUAAUACCUCAUACAGUUUGGAAAAAAACUCCAGUUUGGUUCCUCCUGGGAUGGAGUAUUGCGUUUUACUCUUCUGUUGUUGCAUUUGUGGUUUUGAGUCAACUAGCAAAGAAAAUCUCCUGGAUCAUAUGAAAGAGCAUGAGGGUGAAAUUGUAAACAUCAUCCUAAAUAAGGACCAUAACACAACUCUAAACAUGAAUUAGUUGGACUAAGUACUUGAAGAGGAUUUCCUUAAACCAGUUUCACCAUUGUGCUGUCAAAUAACUUACUAGACACAAGAAAUAGUUGGUGUGACUUUUGAGGAAAUGACAGAUGUGACUUUGAAACCAAACUUGUCAUGUAAUAAAAUCAAUUCCAAAUGGAUAAGGAGUAAUGAAAUUUAAAUAUUUUGAAUGAAGGGAAGUGGGUUAAAGAGGAAGUAAUUAGUCCCUUCUGCAUUUACCCUCUGUUACUGCGGGUUAGUGUUGACUGUAUUUAUUAUUAAACGCUUAUUAUACUUUACAAGUGCAAAGCAGCAAAAGAGUUAAGAAAAGGCUUUUCAGGAACUGUUAUAAAGCUUGUUAUAAAAGUGUCACAGUCUUAAGCUAAGCUUAGUUCCCUGCAAGCUCACAUUUUCCGUGCCAGCCCUAGAACAGAUUCAACUUGUGAGAAAAGGGGGCAGCUGCUGGAAGGGGCUUUAGAGUGUCACCAACAGAAUCAACAAGGAAACAGGGAGAGGGCUUUGAAGUGAUCUUCUUAAGUCUUUCCCGAAAUCAAUAGAAAUUUAUUGAUAUUAAAUGUAAGGUAUGUUCCUUUAUUCCCUAAAAAAUACACCUCUAAAUCAAAUCUAGAAUACAAGUAGACAGAAGUAAAUAAUUGUCUUAAGUUUACAGUGAACUUCUUGUGAGCAAAGGAAGAAAUAGGGGAAAUCCCACCAACUCAAAUCAGAUCUGAAACUUACAGAAAUUUUGAGCACAGUGUACUUCUCAAAGGCUCUUUUCACUGUUUAAAAGAGCACAACACAUUUUCCCAUAGUUCUGUGGCCCUUCUAAUCCUUUCUGCUGUGUGACACACACAAACACCACAUCCACACCACACCACCCCCUGCUCAGCAUCUCAAAGAGUCUCUUAAAGCAACAACUACAGAAAUUUGCAUUUGAUCAUCAGGCUUUGGAAAUAGUUUGAACUCUAAGAUAAAAAAUCAAAUGGAUGAUAAAGAUGAAAUUCAGAAGCCUCUUAAAAUUAGUAUUGCUUUUGCGGUUAUGCUUCCUGAAGUUUACUAGUUAUUUUUAGCAGAAGAGGAAUAACCAGAAGUAACUAAAAUGCAAUAAAAAUCCAGGUUGUUUAUAAAAAUCUUAAUAAGUAACCAGUAUUUGGCAAAAUUGGGAUUUCUGUCUAAAAAAUUCCACUGAUAGUGCAAGGACAUAUGGCAACCAACUAAAAAUGUUUUUGCAUUCAGAUUUACCUUCAAAUACAUGUUAUGUUCUCAUUAAUUAUACAUUUUAUAUUAUAAUUAUUUCAAAGAGUAUCUUUGUUGUUGUUCUGAUCACUUAUUUAUGCACUGCUUUGUUAAGUAAGUUCCGCCUACAAGUCAAAAGCCCAGGACAUCAUUCACUGCACCUUUUUCACAGUGCUAUUUCUGAAUAUCAGAACAUUUUGAAUACUGACUUCUAACAUCUAGAGUUGAGGCUGUGAUGCUGAUAAAUUUAGAACAUCAAAAAUAGAGUUUCGUGAAGAGAAUACUAUAUAGACAUGUCUUAAGAAAGCAGUUAGUUACCCAAGCCCAGCUAUAAGUUAAAUGAAAUAUUUUAAAGGUAGCACUGGGAACUAUACAAGUGGGGCCAGGCAUCUUGAAACGUUUUCUGAUUUUUAAAAAAUUUUUAUCCCAUUUUGAUGAUGAUAUUUAAGCAAAUGACUAUAACUUUGUAGCUCUUUUGAUUUAGGUAGCUUUAAUUUAUUUGUAAAAAUUAAUCCAUUUCUGAUAUAUGAUCUUUAAAAAGAUAAAAUGAAUUUAUACUUACAAAAAUAUAUUCCCCAGGUCCACUGCAUGUGGAUGUAAAUGCAUUGAAACAUUUAUAUCUAAUUUUAAAUUCAAAUAAAGUACUUUAAAUAGUUCCAUUUUUACCACUCCUGUUGUUGUCACUCAUCUUGUACAUCAGUUUUUCAUUGCCAGUAACUAUGAUACAAUGUUUCCUUGUAAAAAUCUGUUAUUCUGAAAAGUAACAACCUUGGCUUUCAUUUUCCUUGGCUUCAAUUUUAUAUAAUCACUUGGAAACUACUAAUAUUCACAAAUUGCAACGGUGACAUUUUAAGUUACCUUUCUUAAUUUCCUUAAGCCACUCCUAUUCACCGUUACUAAAUUUUCCAUUUGGAAUCAUGAAUUUAAAAUUCCCCUACCCAAUGGGGAAGAAAUAACCCAGAAGUUUAAUCUGUUGCUGGCUUUAGUGUUUCCUUAAAGUAUUCUCCUGGCCUAUAGGAGGAACCAUGUACCAAGGACAUUCUGUAUUUUCCCUUGAUCAUUUUGUGGCAAGCCUUAAAGCAGUAUGUCUACCAAGAACAACUGAUUUUUCUAAAAGUAACAAUGAAGAUUAAAUAUGCAAUUGUAAUUAUAAAAGAGAUUAGUAACUAAAAUAAUCAGUAGGAAUUCCUUUAUAGGAGUAAUGCUUUAUUAAUUGCUACUAGACCCUUUGUCACCAAAAGCUCAUACUAGUUGGUUUCUGCUCUGAACACUUCGAAUUCUAAGACUUGAUAGUGAAAAUAGUUUUAAAAGAAAGAGAGUUACUAAAUUCAGCAAAGAUGAGAAUGGAGAGAUGAUGCAUUCUGAUCAUCAUAAAUAAUACUGUUUAAGACUGUCAUUUUCUCCUUUUCUCUAACAAUCCAGAAUACGAUUGGUGAUGCCAGUGUUCCACCGUUCCUUGCCUAUAUUCCAUUUGAUCAGUAGACUAAGAACUGUGGCUAGACAGUGCAGUGUAGUGACAUGGGCUGAAGCCUGUGUAACAGAUUCUUCAUUCUAUUCAGGGUAACUGUUAGUGGCUUUAUAAUCAUUUCGCAGUUUUGUUCUCACAAAGCAAAUGGUGGGCAUCCAUGUUUACAGUGUAUCUUCCUGUAGUGUAUUUGGCUUGACAAAGACAAGCAGGCUUCUCUAUUGAGACAUAUUCUUAGUUUUCAUAGACUUAUUUAAUCGUUUUUUGUACAGCAAGGUGCUCUAAGUAACAUUCUAUAAAAUAUAUUUAAUAGAAAUUUGAGUUUGAUAUUCAUGGACAUGAAUACAUGUAUUUUUUUAAUAAAUAAAUAUUGUGUAGCUCUAUGGCAUUGCUUCUAUAGCCAAAGUAUAAAGAUUUCUGCAACACUGACAUGUAAAGACUACAGUUUAUUCUGACACUGUAUGUUAUUAAAAUAGGAUGAUUUGCAUUUUGUAAAAUUAUCCUGCACAUCAAGCUGCAUGCCUUAAAGCUGAAACCCUAGGAUUGUGUUCAUGGUAGAACAGUUUAUCUGUUCAGACAGUGAAGCAAGGUUUAUAGCACUUCUUUAACUACCUUUGGAAAUACUGUACAAUGUUAGAAUAAUUUAUUUUGCUUUACAGGAGUUUGUCAUGUAUUGACUUUAAUAUUGUAUUUUGGUAAUAAAUUUUUUGUUAAAAACA